GGAGGUAUGGGAGCCGCACUGCUAUCUGAUCCUGACAAAAUAGAGUCUAUAUUGACUACCCUUGUUAAAGGAAUUUGUAAACCAGUAACCUGCAAAAUCCGCAUUUUGCCCUCAGUUGAGGACACUGUGAAUCUGGUAAAAAGAAUAGAAAAAACUGGUAUUGCUGCCAUUGCAGUCCAUGGGAGGAAGAAGGAGGAGAGGCCUCAGCACCCUGUCCACUGCGAUGUGAUAAAAGUCAUAUCUGAAGCAGUCUCCAUUCCAGUAAUAGCAAAUGGAGGAUCCCAUGACUUCAUCAAAGAAUAUACAGACAUUGAGACUUUCCAGAAAGCAACAGCUGCCUCAUCAGUAAUGAUAGCUCGUGCUGCCAUGUGGAACCCAUCUAUCUUCAGAAAAGAGGGUCUUUUCCCCUUGAAGGAAGUCAUGCAAGAUUACAUCAAAUAUGCAGUGAGAUAUGAUAAUCACUAUACCAACACAAAAUACUGUUUGUGUCAGAUGUUAAGAGAACAGUUGGAAACUACUCAGGGUAAGAAGCUGCAUGCUGCACAGUCUACGCAGGAAAUCUGUGAAGUCUUUGAAAUGGCUGACUUCUAUGAAGAAACAACAGCUAUUUUCGAAGCAAAGAAAACAUCUUUAGAAACAGAGACACAAGAUGAAGAUGGCCAAAUGGAAGAUCCAGAUGUAAUAAAAAUGGCUGUUAGAUUUGACAAGCGAGAAUAUCCACCACAGAUUACACCAAAAAUGUAUCUUCUGGAAUGGUGUAGGAAAGAAAAGCAUCCUCAGCCUGUUUAUGAAACUGUUCAAAGACCACUGGAUAGAUUAUUCUGUUCAGUAGUGACAGUAGCUGAGCAAAAAUACAGAUCAACUCUGUGGGACAAGUCAAAGAAGCUAGCAGAACAGGCUGCAGCUAUUGUCUGCUUGAGAACAUUGGGUGUCCCAGAGGGAAAGCUGUGUGAGGGAGAAAAUCACCUGAUUAACAAACGCAAGAGGGAAGACCAGGAGCGCUUGAAUAACAGAGACUGCGGAGAAGAUCUUGCUGAGCCUUCCCAUAAAAAAGCUAAUUUUAUUGAAGAAACCUCUGACAUGAAUGUGCCUAAAAUGCCACGAUAGCAUGGAAAUUAGAGGCUUCAUGCCUAUGCAGCUACAAAUUAGCUCCUAUUUGUAUGUCUUGCUGUUCACGUUUCAUUUGGAUACUCCUGGAGACAGAUAAAUUCCCCAGCUGUGGAGAACACCAAUGAGAUGUUUACUGUUCACCACUCACUGUCCCUAUGGUGCCUUUUAGACAGGAUAAAUUAGCAACUUGAUUUUAAAGAACAUUGAGAAGAUUAUCCCAAGUAAUAAAUUUUUUAAAAUAUCAGAUAUUUU